UGCAGAUCAAAAAUCGCAGAAGAGUCCCCCUUCCAGCAAAUACCAUGCUGAGCACAAUUGUAGCCUUUUUAAGUAUUUGGCUUGUCCUCUCCACACCUCUCUUGGCCAGUUUCUGUCCCAGCCGAUGUUUGUGUUUCAGGACGACAGUGAGAUGUAUGCAUCUGAUGCUGGAGAGCGUUCCCGAAGUCUCACCGCACACAAACGUCCUGGAUCUGCGCUUCAACCGCAUCAAAAGCAUCGAGCCAGGUGUCUUCAGGAAUCUGAAGAAUCUCGACACGCUGCUUUUGAACAACAACUUACUGAAGCACAUAGCACGAAACUCCUUUGAAGGGCUUAAGAAGUUGAAAUACCUUUACCUUUACAAGAACGAAAUCCAAAGCAUUCAGAGCCAGGCUUUCGAGGGGCUGCAUUCUCUGGAACAGCUCUACCUGCAUUUUAACAACCUUGAAAGUUUGGAAGUGGGAACUUUUAAUGACCUACCCAAGCUGGAAAGACUAUUCUUGAACAACAACCGAAUUUCGCAGAUCCAGCGAGGAGCUAUAGCUCAGCUCGAAUCUCUCAAACGCCUGCGACUGGAUUCCAAUGCCUUGCUCUGUGACUGUGACCUGAUGUGGCUGGCAGAACUGCUGAGGAAAUAUACCAUACAGGGCAACACACAAGCAGCUGCCACUUGCGAGAGCCCGCCUGAAUUACUGGGUCGUUCGGUCAUCACCUUGACCACCCGAGAAUUCAACUGUGAGAGCCCUCGCAUCACAACUGAGCCGCAAGAUGUCGACGUUACUCUGGGCAACACUGUCUAUUUCAUCUGCCGGGCAGAGGGGAAUCCGAAACCUAAGAUUAUCUGGCUUCACAACAACAACGAGAUUGACAUGAGGGAUGAUGGGCGGCUGAACCUGCUACAAGAUGGCACGUUGAUGAUCCAAGACACGAAAGAAUCCGACAAGGGAAUCUAUCAGUGCCUGGCCAAGAACAUUGUGGGCGAAGCGAAGACUCCUGAGGUUGCCCUGCGCUACUUCGGCAUUCCUUCCAAACCUACAUUUGUCAUCCAUCCCCAGAACACAGAAGUCCUGGUGGGGGAAAGUGUGACUCUGGAAUGUGGGGUGUCAGGACAGCCCCCGCCUCGCGUUGUCUGGAUGCUGAGCUCAGGGUCGCCACUGCCCCAAAAUCCGCGCUUCAACAUCACCAGCUCCGGCGGCCUCUAUAUCCAAAAUGUCACUUUGUCAGAUGAAGGCAAAUACAGCUGCAAAGCCACCAACACAGAAGGAUCCAUCACGGCAACGGCAAAUAUCAUUGUGCAAGAUACCCCCAGGUUUUUGAUAGCUCCCACUGAUCAGACCGUAACUGAGGGUCAAAAUGUGGAUCUGCCCUGCUCUGCAGAUGGACAUCCUCGCCCGGUCAUAUCUUGGACAAAAGAAGGUGGUCCAUUACCAAACAGUUGGAGAUACAGUGUCCUCUCCACGGGAACCCUCCAGAUGGUCCAAGUGUCCCUUCAUGAUCAAGGCCACUAUGAGUGCCAUGCCAUCAAUGCUGUUGGAGCCCAGAGAUUUUCGGCGAGCCUCAAGGUCACCCCACGUGUUAUGCCCGUAUUUCUUCAUCCACCUCAAGAUACGGUUGCAGAAGUCGGCCAAGACAUUGAGAUCCCUUGUACCGCCCAAGGGGACCCACAGCCAACGAUAACGUGGGCGAAGGACAGGAUUCAGAUCACAGAGAGUGGCAAGUUCCACAUCAGCCAAGAAGGCACUUUAUCCAUCCGAGAUUUGGGUCUGGCAGAUCAAGGACAAUACGAAUGCGUAGCCAGGAGUAGCUCUGGGUUAACCGCCAGUGCCAUGCUGCUCACCAUCAUCGCCACAAACAUCAGAAGGAGCGGGGAUACCUUUGUAGCCACCUCUAUCCAGGAAGCCAUCAGCAGUGUGGACUUCGCCAUCAAUUCGACACGCACCGAACUGUUCAGCAAGAGACCCAAAACGCCCAACGAAUUGCUGGCCCUUUUCAGAUAUCCACGGGACUCCUAUACCAUCGAAACCGCUCGGGCUGGAGAAAUCUUUGAACGAACCUUGCAGCUCAUUCAGGAUCACGUGCAGCAAGGAUUAUUCGUGGACAUGAAUGGAACAGGCUAUCGCUACAACGACCUAGUUUCCCCACACUACCUGAACAUGAUUGCCAACUUAUCGGGCUGCUCCGCCCACCGCCGCACCCCCAACUGCUCCGACAUCUGCUUCCAUAAGAAGUACAGGACCCACGAUGGGUCUUGCAAUAACUUCCAGCACCCCAUGUGGGGCGCAUCCCUCACAGCCUUCCAACGGCUGCUGAAGCCCGCUUACCAAAAUGGCUUCAACCUCCCUCGGGGUUUCUCCUUGGCGGAAGAUUCCAGGGAUCUCCCCCUUCCUCUGCCUCGCUUGGUCUCGACUGCCCUGAUUGGCACGGAGACCAUCACCCCAGAUGACCACUUCACUCACAUGCUUAUGCAAUGGGGGCAGUUUCUGGAUCACGACUUGGACCAGACGGUGGCUGCGAUCAGCAUGGCGCGUUUCUCGGAUGGGGCGUCAUGCAGUCAAGUGUGCACCAACGAUCCUCCUUGCUUCUCCAUUAUGAUCCCCAAGAAUGACCCCCGGGUACGCCGAGGACGGUGCAUGUUCUUUGUGCGUUCCAGCCCCGUGUGCGGCAGCGGGAUGACCUCCCUGCUGUUGAACUCCGUCUACCCCCGGGAGCAGAUCAACCACCUCACCUCCUUCAUCGACGCUUCCAAUGUCUACGGCAGCACCGAACAGGAGUCCCUCGAACUGCGGAAUCUCAGUAACCAGAAUGGGUUUCUGAAGUCAGGCCAGGUGGUUCCGAGUUCAGGAAAACCCCUCCUGCCUUUCGCCACCGGGCCGCCGACUGAGUGCAUGCGGGAUGAAAGCGAGAGUCCAGUGCCGUGUUUCUUGGCCGGGGAUCACCGGGCCAACGAGCAACUGGGAUUGACUUCCAUGCACACCUUGUGGUUCCGCGAGCAUAACCGGGUGGCCGCCGAGCUCCAGUCUUUGAACCCUCACUGGGAUGGGGACACCAUCUAUCACGAGGCUCGCAAGAUUGUGGGGGCCCUGAUGCAGCAUAUCACCUACUCCCACUGGCUUCCCAAGAUCCUUGGAGAAGCUGGGAUGAAGGUCAUGGGAGACUACAAAGGCUACGAGCCCACCACCAAUGCUGGCAUCCUGAACGUUUUUGCCACCGCGGCUUUUCGCUUCGGCCACACCCUCAUCCAUCCGCAACUCUACCGGUUGAAUGAAACUUUCGAGCCCAUCCGGCAAGGCCAUAUCCCGCUUCACAAGGCGUUCUUCUCCCCGUUCAGGAUCAUCCAGGAGGGUGGCAUUGAUCCCCUUCUGCGUGGGCUUUUUGGGGUGCCUGGGAAAAUGCGGGUGCCUUCUGAACUCCUCAAUAUGGAGCUGACUGAGAAGCUGUUUUCAAUGGUGCACUCGGUCUCCCUGGACCUGGCAGCCAUCAAUAUCCAGAGAGGGCGCGAUCACGGCAUCCCUCCUUAUAAUGACUUCCGAGUCUUCUGCAACCUCACCUCUGCUCAGGAGUUUGAUGACCUCAGGAAUGAAAUUAAAAAUCUGGAGAUCAGGGAGAAACUCAGGAGCUUAUAUGGAAUUACAAAGAAUAUCGACCUCUUUCCAGCCUUGAUGGUAGAAGAUCUUAUCCCAGGAACCAGAGUAGGACCAACUCUCAUGUGCUUAUUGGUGACCCAGUUCAGAAGACUCCGAGAUGGAGACAGGUUUUGGUAUGAAAACCCAGGUGUGUUCACUUCAGCCCAGCUCACCCAAAUCAAGCAAGGGUCCCUGGCCCGCAUCAUCUGUGACAACAGCGACCACAUCCAGCAGCUCCAGAGGGACGUCUUCCAGGUGGCCUCCUACCCUCAAGGCAUGGUGGACUGCAGUGAAAUUCCCCAGGUGGAUCUGCGCUUGUGGAAAGACUGCUGCGAAGAUUGCAACACAAGGGGUCAACUAAGGGCUCUCUCGCAACAGUUCCGAAGCAAAAGAACAUCCAACUUCAGCUAUCCAGAAGAAAAUCCAUCCAAGGCCACCUUAGGAGAACCAAGGGUGGAGGAAUCACCUUUGAACCCAGAAGACCUCAGAUCUUUAGUGAAGGAACUUGAACAAAUUAUCUUUUCUCUUCGGAAACAGGUCAAUGGCUUGGAAGGUCAACUCAGAAGACACCAAAGAAUCCUUGCUAACAAAUAUGGCCAGCAUCAAGAGAAUGGAGCAAAGGAGAAAAAAAGAUGACCUCAUUUAGGUGCUGCUUGAGUGAGAGGACAAUCUGUGGGUGAAAGAAGGAAGGACGGGUUGAGGAAUGUUUUCUGGAGCAGGGCCAAGAGCAUUGGUGUCCAUAAAUGGGACAAAUGGUGACCCAGAGAUCAAAUGACUCAACUGAUGCACUUCUAACAACCAGUGAUGCGAUGGACAUCAUCACUUCAUUGAUGGCAUGACAUCAGGAUUCCUGUAUCACCAUGUUGAUGUCAUUGUGGCUUAUAAAAGACAUCAGUCCUUAAGAGUACUACUUGGAUUGUAAGACUCACUUCUGAGCAGCUGGUCUUUCCUAAGCCAUGUACCUAUCUCUUUUUCUAAAAAAAAAGAAAAGAAAAGAAAGAAAGAAAUUUUUAUGGUAUUGGUAGUCAAUGUUGAAAUAGCAGAAGUAAUGACCGGCAGAUCCAAUGAUGGUCUUUCUUCAGCCUGAGC